AUGUCUCGUGCAUCUAUUGGUGAUUAUGUGGUAACAAGUAAAUUAGGCAGUGGUUCAUUUGCUAUUGUGUAUAAAGGAUAUCACAAGACGAGUAAAGUACCAGUGGCAAUUAAAGUUUUAUCACUUUAUAAGUUAAAUCGCAAAUUAUUGGACAAUUUAGAAAUGGAAAUUACAAUUAUGCGUCAAAUUGAUCAUCCAAAUAUCGUGAAACUCUAUGAAAUUAAGAAAACACAAAAGCAUAUGUAUUUAGUAUUAGAAUAUUGUGCUGGUGGUGAUUUACAACAAUUUGUACGACGCACUCAAGAGAAAGAACAAGAUGGAAAGAAAGUGAUUCCACAACCAAUUGCACAACAUUUUCUACGUGAAUUAGCAAAAGGAAUGCAAUGUCUUUGGCAACGAAAUUUGAUUCAUCGUGAUUUAAAACCACAGAAUUUAUUACUUGUGGACGAUUCACCGACCUCGGUGCUCAAAAUUGCGGAUUUUGGAUUUGCAAGACAUUUAGCAACGACGUCAAUGGCAGAGACACUUUGUGGUUCUCCAUUGUAUAUGGCUCCGGAGAUAUUAAAAUUUCAAAAAUAUGAUGCCAAGGCUGACCUCUGGUCUGUUGGAACGAUUUUAUAUGAAAUGCUUGCUGGACGUCCACCCUACGGUGGAGCAAACCACGUGCAAUUACUAGCGAAUAUUGAGCGCCAGCCACUGCGUUUUCCACCGACCCUCCAGCUUUCAAGUUCUUGUCGUCAAUUGCUUACGGCUUUGUUACAGCGAAAACCAGCGCUUCGUCUUGGAUUUGCGGAAUUUUUUGCUGACCCGUUUGUGGAUUUACCACCGUUACCGGAUCAGGUGGAAGCCGUUGAAGCUGUGGGACGCUCAUCACCACUUUUGACUGCUGUUAGUAUCCGAGAAGAGGAGGAAGAGGAGGAGAAUAAAGUUAUAAGACGCUUGGAUACUUCGAUUGCUGGGAGCAGCAAAUUGGGAGUAGGUGGCGAUGAUGAUGUGGACGGAGAAAAUGCAGCUGUCUCACCGAACUCACACCGAAAAAUGAGUAGAAACGACCGAUGCUCUCGCGUAGUCACAACUUUUCAUGAAGUGAGCUCGAGUUCGCGAUUUGCGAGUACAGCACCCUCGGCGACAAUGCGUCAGUCACGCAGCGGCAACCUGGAAGUGAUGGAGACUGCUUUUGCGAGCGCAAGUUCUGGGUCCGGGGCUCUGCGUCGGUCGUCUUCGUCACGACUGGCGCGAAGUCGACGCACCUCAUCUAGUGGUAGCGGCUUAUCAACAGGCACAAGUUCUAAGCUUAGUCCGCAAAUGAGCCCACAAAUGAGUCCGCAGAUACUGCCUAGUCCGAGCCCAAGAAUCAAUCCGUUUAAGCAGUUAUCAGAGUCGCCUCCAGGUGCCGCUGCACUACAGCAGCAAUUUUUACACUCCGGGUCAUUUCGAGUUAAGACUUCUGCCAUCUCGCAACGGACGAGUAGCGAUUCGAUUUUGACCACGAACCAGAAGCAUGUUAGUGGCGGUGGUCAUACUUUGGACAGCAGCGAAGAAUACGUGCUGGUCGAUGGCUUAGCGGAGAAACCAACGUGUGGUGGACUUCGCAUAGGGGCAGAAGAGACAGUCAGCGUGUUACCCAAUGCGGUAUAUUCGGCAGCGAGCGUGUUGCCACUUGCUGACAAUAGUAAGGUCUCAAGUGAGACUUUGGUUUGUGAGUGUGGCCAGCAGCUUAUAGACAUUAUGGUACUGCGAACUCAGGCGAUUGCGCCCAUUGCCGACCAACUUUGGGCACUAAGUGCUGCCGGUGGUGCGGCAUCAGGUUUAGGGGCUGGAAGUACCGAUGAUCCGGUAGAGAGAGAUUGGUCACCUCGACAGGCAAUUGCUCAAAAUACAUCGUCGUCAACGUUAGGCGGAAAGCAUGCUAGUGGUGUUAACUUUUCGUCAGUGUUUUCGAUGAGUUCAUCACUGACGUCAUCGGUUGAAAUAAAUAAUUCGCUAGCUGACGAUGAAGAAGGAGACGAUGACGAUGAUGAAAAGAAUAACGCCGAAGGCCGCUAUGUGUGCGCUGCAGAGGCACUUGUGCUAUACGUCAAAUGCCUUCGCCUUGUGCGGCACGUUGUGCUAUAUUUGCGUCAAGAGCAAGGAGGUUCGACGGGAUGGACUGAAACAAGCCGAAAGGUAUCCAUGGCAUUUUUGUCCGAUCAGCUUACACAUUUCCUUGGCCGUGCUGAAAAAUGCAAGGCACAAGUGGAAUAUGCUGCAGGUUCUCAAAGCACCUUUCGUCCCGUGGCGUCACAGGAACAAUUGUUGUAUGCUCACGCUCUUCGAAUCGGGCGACAGGGUGCUAUACGCGAAGUGUUGGGACACGUCCAAGCUGCGCAUGAUUAUUAUUUGCAGGCACUUCUUUUGCUAGAAAGUUUGCUGAUGGAUACGCCUGGCAUGAACGUUGAAGCCCUAGCCGUGGACGAUCAAAAGAAUGUGAACAAGUUCCUAUGCGCGGUCGAACAGCGUUUAAAAAACGUGCGUACUAUACUCGAGAACGAAGCGGGGAGUAACAGCUAUCAUCAGCGCAUGCAACAUCCACCUCAGUCUCAACAUCAGGUCGUUUACCGCCGUUCAGCUACUGCUCCAUUACUGUGA